AGAGGGAGAGACAAUAGACUUUAAUCACUCAUGUGGUUUGAGAGCUGUUGGCAAGCCAAGUUCCACGCACUCGAGAGGGGAAAAAAACAGAAGACAGAGGUGGAAGAUAGAAACUGUUUUGUGGUUGAGGAGAGAAACAGGAAGGCAGACGACUUGAGAGGACCAUUAGUUACACCUCUGAGCUGAAGACAAGUCCAGUUUGCAAGGAGGAGGAGGCCACCUAAACAUCUGGCAAGUCGAGACCUGAAGGACAUCCCAACUCUUCAUCUUCAUCCACCCUGCCGUCCGCGCUGGAGUAUGUCCUGCCAUCCCUGUCACCCCUGCCGCUGAUCCAGGCAGUCAGCAUGAUCUCCCACUACCCUCUAGCCACCCUCCUGCCCUGGCCUGCGAAUACCCACCACAACUGUCCGGACCUGGACUGCACCUUACUGCUGGAGGGGGAAGGAGGGGUCUCCCUGCAGAGGUACCAGCCUCGCUCACCAGAGAGCAGCCCCCACCACUGGAGCUCGGUGCAGGACUGGGGGGAGGAAGUCGAGGAAGGAGCCAUCUACAAUGUGACGCUGAAGAGGGUUCAGAUCCAGCAGGCCGCCAACAAGGGAGCGCGAUGGCUCGGGGCGGAGGGCGACCGUCUACCUCCCGGCCACACGGUGAGCCAGCUGGAGACCUGCAAGAUCCGAAGUAUCCGUGCUGGAACACUGGAGCGUCUGGUGGAGACGUUGCUGACGGCGUUCGGAGACAACGACCUCACCUACACCUCCAUCUUCCUGUCCACCUACAGAGCCUUCGCCAGCACACAGACUGUACUGCAGCUGCUGCUGGACAGGUACGGAAGCGUGGAAGAAAAUGAGCAAGACUCAGGCACAUGCCGAAGCUCUGAAGCCAAUGGAGCCAUCAGGAACGCCUUGGCCUCCAUCCUGCGUGCCUGGCUGGACCAGUGCCCCGAAGACUUCCAGGAGCCGCCUGACUACCCGUGUCUCCACAGGCUGAUGGACUACCUGCGCAGGGCGCUGCCGGGCUCCGAGGCUCUCAGACGAGCAGAGGGUCUGCUGGAGCAGCUGCAGAGUCAGGCUGGCAUGGAUGAAGCUGAUGCUGGUUUCCACGGCAACAGUUCUUUCUGCCUGGGGGAGGACGAGGAAGUUGAGAUCGAGGUCCAGGAGGACUUCCUGUCGUUUGACGCCGACCUGGUGGCUGAGCAGCUGACCUACAUGGAUGCACUGCUGUUUAAAAAGGUCGUACCCCACCACUGCCUGGGCUCCAUCUGGUCCCAGAGGGAUAAGAAGCACAACAAGCACAGCGCGCCCACCAUCCGCGCCACCAUCACGCAGUUUAACGCCGUGGCGGCCUGCGUGGUCAGCACAAUACUGAGGCACAGACAGAUCAGGCCACAUGUCAGAGCGCGGAUCAUCCAGCGCUGGAUAGACAUCGCUCAGGAGUGUCGAAUACGCAAAAACUUCUCCUCUCUGCGAGCCAUCGUCUCUGCGCUGCAGUCCAACCCGCUGUACAGGCUGAAAAGGGCAUGGGCCUGUGUGCACAAAGACAGCAUGCAGACAUUUGAGGAACUGUCGGACAUUUUCUCCGAUCACAACAACUACCUGACCAGCAGAGAGCUGCUCAUGAGGGAAGGUACUUCAAAGUUUGCCAGUCUGGAGAGUUGUGCCAAGGAGCACCAGAAACGCACCCACAAGAGACUCCAGCUGCAGAAGGAAAUGGGAGCGAUGCAAGGGACGAUACCGUACUUGGGGACUUUUCUAACCGACCUCACCAUGCUGGAUACGGCCCUGCCCGACCUGGUGGAGGGUGUUCUGAUCAACUUCGAGAAGAGACGCAGGGAGUUCGAGGUGAUAGCUCAGAUCAAGCUGCUCCAAUCGGCCUGUAACAGCUACUGUCUGACUCCGGAGAAGUCUUUCCUCCGCUGGUUCAAGAGCCAGACUCAGCUCAGCGAGGAGGAGAGCUAUGCCUUGUCCUGUGAGAUUGAAGGUCUUGGUGACAGCAGUCCAACCUCACCCAAACCUCGAAAAAGCAUGGUGAAGAGACUCAGCCUGCUGUUCCUUGGAACAGACAGCAAUGCAGCCAGCUCCCCGGUCAGAGAGACGCCACGCUCGCCUCCUACUGGCAGCUCCGGGGAGAGCAUGGACUCGGUCAGCGUUUCCUCCAGUGACUCCAGCAGCCCGUCAGACAGCGAGGGCCUCACCCCCACACACACCUCCGACUCCCAGCAGAACAAGCUAUCAGAAUCCUCCUCUUGUACUUCACUUCACUCCAUGGACACCAGCUCAUCGACGGCCAGUGUCUCCAUGACUCCUGCGUCUCCCUCGCUCCCCGGGCCCCUCUGCACCCACAGACGCUCCGUCUCCCUCACGCCCUUGAGCCCCAGCUCGCCGAGUCAAACCCCGCUUUAUAACACACAGGCGCAAGACGCGUGCAUCAUAAGAGUCAGUCUGGAGCACGGCAACGGGAACCUCUAUAAGAGCAUUUUGUUGACCAACCAAGACAAGACUCCGGCUGUGAUUUCUAGAGCCAUGGCGAAGCACAACCUGGAGGUGGAGCCAGAGGAGGGAUACGAGCUGGUACAAGUCAUCGCUGAGGACAGAGAACUGGUGAUCCCAGACAACGCCAACGUCUUCUACGCCAUGAACACAUCGGCCAACUUUGACUUCCUGCUGCGGGUGCGAGGCUCGGCGGGUCGGCCGGUCCAGCUGAGGAGCAGGUGUAGCUCCACGCUCCCUCGCACUCAGCACCGCUCAAGCCUGUCGCUAAGACUCAGCAAGGUGACACUGUGACCCUGGGGAUCCAGCUGUGGGCCCUUACACCACUAAUCCAGGACAAUACUGGGUAUGGACUCGAUGUGAACUGAUGGGCUUUGGAUGAUGAGGACGGAUGAGACUCUCUGCAGUCUGACCCUGAACUGAACCAUCCCUUCUUCAGCCUUAAUAUGGACCAUGGAUGUGUAGCAUGACUGCGGUGCCAGUGGGACUUUUUUGACGAGUGACGCCUGCGACAAGAGUGAAACGGCGACCCCAUGUGGCCCUCGCUCUUUAGAAUGACAGGUUUUUUGCACAUGUUAUGGGAGCAGCCAAACUCCUGACCUCCAACAGUAUUCUGUGUAUGUUGAACAAACUUCUUUUUGUUCUGUGACGUCUAGUCUAGUUGAAUAUUUACCUUUCUGGAAGUGUGGUGAAUGCAGAAAGAGAAAGACUGAUGGUGGAAGGAGAAGUGGACCAGGUGCGUCCAGUCCCGUUGCCUUUACCGAUGAAUGAAUGGACCUCUGACAGUCUUCCGAAUGAUAUCGAUCAACUGAUUGACGGGAUCUGUGAUGUCAUUAUUUUCCCUCACCCGUGCACAGUGUGCACAGCUUGUUCAGCCCCUCUCGUGUUAUGAGCUGUGUGACGAAUGCAGUGUUACGUGCGUUCUGAUUGGUUCCAUUACUUGGUUUUAACAAGUCCCUUGCAAAUAUUAAAAUGGCCUUACCUGCCCUUUCUUUAGGGUGUAGAGAUUAAAUCUGUGCUGAUUUUCUGACCCAGGAAGUCUUUUCUUUCUCAUUCUCACACGUUCAGCGUGGGGAAGAUAAUAGACGGCGUGGGGGGAACUGACUUCCUCGGGAUAGAAAGCACCACAAAGUGUCUCAGACUGAUGCAUACUUGUACCUCUUUGCCCUUCAUUAUAUGAACUAUAGAGUUGCACUUGUCAGUUGGUAGGAGAUGCCAAUGGAUGUGAAUAGAGAAGAAUGAGCAAGCCGCUCUGUAAGUGGUUUUUCUCCCUCUUCACUAAAUGAAUUACUAUUUUUGUUUGUAAUUGUUGCUUUUUAUAUGUUUUUUUGUAACAUGAUUCAGGCCAGGAAUGUGCCAGUUCGGAGAGCAUUGAUGGAGGACUUUAAAAAAACAGUAAAAGUAAAUGUUAACGAAUUCAGAGUGUCAUUUAAAAAAAAAAAAAAAAAAGCCAGUGCCAGAUUUUUACUGUGAUACAUUUUGAAAAGCUUCACUGAGGUGACACUUCACUUCAUGACUCACACAAAAGCCAAACACCUCUCCACGCAGCAAACAGCCAUCUGUCCGUCUCACGAGCACACUCCUCGUUUAACAGCACCGUCACUAACACUUAUCACCUGUCACAUAACUGCCACAUUUUCUGUGGAAAAACACUCACAAUGUCAUUUUUUUUUUUUUGUCCCUUUCGCUCAUCAUCCACUCCUGCAGAUCUUAAAGUGUUAUGUUAUUGUGUCGUCAUCAACCAGGUAAAGCCCUUCGGUGAAUGUGGGAGAACUGGUUCCCUGUUGGCCUUAUGUUAAUGGUCCAAUCAUUUAUCUCCACGCAGCACUUCACUCCACUUCUCAUUAAAUCACCCUCAGUUCCUGUGUUCUUCACUGCCAAAGACUCUUCCUCUACCUGAAUAAAUAAAUUAUUAUCAUUAUUA